AUGGGAGACGUUGAGAAAGUUAUUCAACUUUUCAUUGAAGAAAAUCUAUGUGAAAAAAGUGAUUUGUAUGAAAAAGCACUUGAUUAUCAAAGUUCAUCUCAAUCACCGAAUUACUUAUGGUUAUCAAAUGCUUAUGAAAAUAUUGGAUAUGCUCGUGAAAAACUUGGUCAAACUCAACUUGCUUUGAAAUAUUACGAAAAACAAAGAUUACUCUUGCGAAUAAUUAUUAAAAGUCAUUGGAAAACAAUGAAAAAGCUUUAA